AUGACUUCACUCUCUGCCAAACGCAAGUCUCCCGAAGACGCGUCCCACAAUGACGAAGCAAGGACACCUGAGAACAGCCCUCCUCGGAAGAAGCUUCGAAUUACCCGCAGACAAAAGCAAGCUUUAAUUGACAACUUGCAGCUCGAACUCACCGAGCGCGCCCGCAAACUUCGCGCACAGUAUGCUCUCCAAGCAAACGACCUUCGAGCACGGAUUGAAAGACGCGUGAAUCGUAUUCCCGUUGCCCUUCGUAAGGCGACAAUGGGUGAGCUUCUGGAGAAACACAUGGCCUCUAUCCGGGCCCAACAAGCGAAUCUCUCUCCACGGAAACUCCUCAGCCCAGCCAAGGCGUCAAGGAGUUUUAGGACCGUUUCUGUUAGCCCCAAUGUGCGCAAGGCCUCUGCUGCUAGCCCCAGUGCCCGCAGAGUCAAGAAGCAAAGCCACGGAGAAAUCUAUUCCGACAAGGAAAACGCCCCUGCAGCUGGCGAACAGCUCGAUGUCCUCAAGAACCCCAAGAGACGUGGACCUGGUGCCGCUGCUGGUACUUCGCGUGUUGUUUCCCAGGAGAUGAGGGGUGCAGACUACAGAAUUCUCUCUCCCAAGACGUCCAACUCCAGAACAUAUCCACACUCGCCGCUACGCGCCUCACCCGAGAAGCCCACGAACUCUUCCUACCUUGCAAGACCCAUGUCACCUCUGAAACCCAUCAGCCCACUCAAAUCCACAUCAGCUAGCAUUCCCGCACUGGGAGACAACACUCGCAUCCGGCCAGUCAAGAAUACAUCCACCUCGAUCAAGGACAACAGGCCCCCAUCACAGGCCAAGAGACCCGCCAGCCGAGCUGCCACAGCUACUAGCAAAACUACGCGCUCACCACUGCCAAGGCCAGCAACUCGCCAGCUCGAACGCAGAGGCAGUGUGUCAUCGUCCGCAUCCUCCGGAACAACCGUGGCCAAGCCAACAAGAACAGGUGCCGGUGUGCGGAAGGCAACGACGGCAUCGACUUCAAGCGCUACCACGAAGAAGACAACAGUCGCCCGGAGCCAAGCAACUUCCGCCACCGCGAAGAGAAACACAACCUCCGCUACCAGCAAGAGAGCUCCCACUCCUGCUGGUGGUGAAGCAGCUCCAACUGCAGCUCGUAGAGUCCUUCGGAAACGCGCAUAA